CAAAAUUCGAUACUUUUUGGGUAGCAGUACAAAUAAACACGCACUUUUUGCAAUUCAACGUGAUUAUAAAGUAAUAUUUCCAUUACUUUGUUUUAGAAAAGCCAACAAUACGACGCUAUUAGUAGCGACGUAGCGUUAUAGCAGCUGAUUUAAUAACUCGACAAUGAGCACUGGAUUGCGGUCCAAGGCGAAAGAAGAUGAAACCAAAGUAAAGUCAUUUUGGAAAAGAUCGUCGCCUAAUAUGCCGGGAAGUUCGCGAAAAUCAACUUCAAUUUCAAAUGACUUCUCCCCCCAACAUGGACCCCGACAUAAAUUAACAUUCAAAGAGUUUGAAAACCACACAGAAGAUGCAUGGGACGCUACUGAUGAUGAUCUCCUGAGGACCGCUCUUGCAAAGAUUGAACUUGGAUCAAGUCCGGAUCAGGUACAUGCGACUGCAGAAGCCGUCAUAGCCAACCAUUCAAAGUUAAAUACAAACCCAAUGAACAAUACAAAUAGCACGUCACAACAAAUGUCUGCAAACAAGAAACAACAGAAUUCCACCUCCAAAAGAGUUCCUGGGGGAGCUAGCAGAACUGUAAUGCAAAACUCUCCCAAAUCUAAAAGAAAUAUAUUGCAAGCAAACGGAAGUCAAGAUUCUCAUGACAGAAAUGGAAAUCUUGAUGUUAAUUUAGAAACAAAUGGAAAUUCUCAUGUGCUGGACGAGACAAGCCAGAAUAAAAAAGGGGUUUUACAUGCUCCAAGUAUUGCAGGUGGAGGUUCAGCUCCAAAAUCCCAAACAAUCCGCAUGCCAAUGCAAUCCACUAACCUUGCAAAAGAAAACUCAAAAAUAGAAAAGUUUCGAAGACUGAUAGACUCUGACUCAACAGACCUAGAUGAGCUGAAGAAGUUAAGUUGGUCAGGAAUUCCUGCGGCAAUGAGGUCUCUUACAUGGAAACUAUUAUCUGGUUACCUUCCUGUGAACAAAGAUCGUAGGAAGACAGCGUUAGCGAGAAAACAAAAUGAUUAUUUUAAGUUUGUGAAACAAUUUUACGACGCACGUGAUCAACCUAUGUAUCAAACUACUUUCCACCAGAUUCACAUUGACAUCCCACGAACCAAUCCUCUUAUACCUUUAUUUCAACAAGAGGCUGUUCAAAAUAUAUUUGAAAGAUUAUUGUUUGUGUGGGCUGUUCGUCACCCUGCCAGUGGUUAUGUGCAAGGAAUAAAUGAUCUUGUCACUCCUUUCUUUGUUGUGUUUCUAUCUGCAGAGAUUGACGACACAGAAGAUGUGGAAACCUUUGAUGUCGGUUCUCUACCUGAGGAGACACAAAGAUCCAUGGAAGCCGACACAUUCUGGUGCGUCUCCAAUCUCCUGGAUGGAAUACAAGAUAAUUAUACUUUCGCUCAACCAGGGGUGCAAACUAAAGUCAACAAACUUAGAGAAUUAACCAAGAGGGUUGAUGCCGAGUUACACGCUCAUUUGGAGCGAGAACAAAUUGAGUAUUUACAAUUCUCAUUCAGAUGGAUGAACAAUCUAUUAAUGAGAGAAAUUCCAUUAAGAUGCACGAUUAGAUUAUGGGAUACUUACUUAGCUGAACCCGAAGGUUUCUCCGACUUCCAUCUUUAUGUUUGUGCAGCUUUCCUUAAGCAAUGGAGAAACCAAUUACUUGGAGAACAAGACUUCCAGGGCCUGAUGUUAAUGAUACAGAAUGUACCAACCCACCACUGGGGCGAUGAAGAAGUAAAAGUCUUACUUGCUGAAGCAUUUCGAUUAAAAUAUACAUUUGCUGACGCUCCUAGUCAUUUGCCUACUCAUAGGUAGUAUAAAGUCAUAACAAGGGUUUAAACAUUAUAUUACAUUUGAUCUUUAUCCUUUAUUGCAAGCUUUACUGAAACAUUAUAAACUGUUUUCCUCUUAUUGAAUGAAUUUUGGUAUAAAUUUAAUAGAGUGUCAAAUAUUUCACUUUGGUAACUCAUCUAGUAUAUAUAUAUUGAAAUAUUGCAUUCAAAAGAAUGGAAUACUUCUUACACUCCCAGGUCAUAUUGAUCUUUAUCAAUAAGUAAUUUAUAGCCAUGGCUGAUAGCUUAAUAGUAUCUUCGGUAUAUUCCACUAAAUUUAUUCAAGUGACAUUUGCACUACAGUAUAGCAGGUGCUUACUGUCUUUACUUAAAAGAGAGAAACACAGGAAAUAUCAGACCGGUGCUUCUUAACCUUGUUGUAGUGGCCAAUUGUAAGGUAUAAAUAAAUAUCAUGUAUUAAUUUGGUAUAAAUCUGUUAAGCUUUUGGCUACCAAUUUUUAACAUCACUCGGGCGCUUUGAACCCUUGUAGUAAAUGAUCCAAAUAAGUUAAACUUAAACCAACUUUAAGUCUUGACCAAGGAGGGGUAAAGAAGCAUUGUUCUAAGCCAAGCUAUACUGUAGUGCUAAUCUCAUAUUACAGUUCUUUACCUAAAUUCGUGAAGAACUUUUUGCACAGAACUAGUUCCCAUAUAAAACCUUGUUAUGACUCUUAUAAUUUAUGAUACUGUGGUAAGACGUUUAAAAUUGAUAUUUUUUGUUUAUGUAAGUGACACAUGUAUAAUUAUUGUUUCAAAUAUUUUCUUUGUUAAUAAUCUGCUUGAUUGUUCCUAUUUUUAAAACAGAUCCUUUUAUUUAAUAACUCCCUUUUCACAUGAAGUGCAAUACUGGAGUGUUACAAAACUGUUAGGAUGUUUAGUUCAUUAUAUAGUCCCAUGUGGAUAUUAGUAUUAACUAUUAACUUGGUUUCUCACAUUAGUUUGGGUGCUGCCUAAAUUAGAGUGUUAGAAAGAUGUUAUUCUUAUUUGCCAACAUGUAAUAACAUUGUGGAUAUAAAACUAUUGAUUCAUAUGCGCAAAUAAAACAUAAAACUACUCAAAAAAA